AUGUGUCAGAAACACGUUCAGAAUGUGUCAGAAUUAGAUCCUGUAUAUAUUUUCCCACACCAUAAAGUAUUGAAGCCGGAGAGUACUACUACCAAGCUAAGCGUAGUGUUUGAUGUCUCGUGUCGUACCUCAACGGGCGUUUCGUUUAAAGAUGCGUUUAUGGUGGGGCCUACUGUGCAGAACGAUUUGUUGUCGAUCCUUUUGCGCUUCCGUCUGCACCGAUACGCUAUCAGUGGAGACAUCGAGAAAAUGUAUAGGAUGGUACAAGUUCAGCAACCGGAUCAACACCUUCAGCGGAUUUUGUGGCGAGAUACACUUGCUGAACCCGUGAAAACGUAUGAGUUAACGAUCGCUAGUGCUCCGUAUUUGGCGACAAGGUACUUGAAAAAGCUUGCUGAGGAUGGAUCAGCAAGUCAUCCGAUUGGUUAG